ACGCUAUGUAGAUGAGGGUGUCAGGCUGGGCGCCGCACGCUACGUUGGUGCCUGAGUUAUUAGCCCGUUGCGCGGGAGCCUAGAUCAUCCCUGCCCCUCUCCGCUCCUCACUCUCCUCGUACCCAGAGCUGCGCUGUGUGGUGGAGAGAGCGCACUGCCUGGCUCUUGGCUCUCAACCUCCUGCCUCACAAAAAGGCAGCAGCGCCAACACAACAAAGAUUGGGUUUUUUGUCAACGGCAACUUGGGAAGCAGUGGACACCCGGGCACUCGGAACAGUGAUAUUUUACAUCGAGGUUUACUUGUAAAGAAAGUCAAAGCGUGGCCCUUGUGCGCUGCUCCCAAAUCAUAGAUGCGUUGAUUUUAACUUAAGUCGAAAUUGACGUGACGUGUCCCAAUUCCAUCAAUAGGACCAAGCCAAUCGCCGAGUGAAGGCACGUGCGUCUGGCUGUUUCUAUCGUUACCAAAGCUAGCCUGCGAUUCCUUGUCUCUUUGCAGCAUCUCUCCCCUUGGUUCAAUCCUGACGCCAGCCUCAUCCAACGCCCCCCGGCACCGGCCGCAGCAAGCCCACCCGCCCUCCGACCCAUCCAUCGCAUGUUUUUUUUCGGCCUGCACAGUUCUGACUGAACCGCAAAGCUGCUUUCCACGUGGUCUGGUGCUGAAAAUUUCCGAUCGGCUCCCCGGCGCUGGGCGCCCAGGUUUAAAGCCAUGGCGACCAACAGCGCAAAGACGCCCGACGGACAAAUCUCCACCGAACUCCACGACGCCCCCACCUCGAACGACAAACCGAAAACGCUUGUGGUGAAGGUGCAAAAGUCGAAACCGAUUCCCGAGAGGGAGAAGUGGGGAGGAAAAUAUGAGUUUCUGCUCUCCUGUGUUGGAUAUGCAAUCGGCCUGGGGAAUGUGUGGCGCUUUCCCUAUCUUUGUGGGAAGAACGGCGGAGGGGCAUUUCUCAUUCCCUAUUUCCUGACACUGAUCUUUGCUGGAAUGCCUAUCUUCCUGCUGGAGUGCUCCCUGGGUCAGUACACAUCUGUCGGCGGGCUCGGCAUCUGGAGACUGGCGCCAAUGUUCAAAGGCGUGGGUCUCGCAGCCGCCGUGCUUUCUUUCUGGCUGAAUAUCUACUACGUCGUGAUCAUUGCUUGGGCCAUUUAUUACUUGUAUAAUUCUUUCACGUCGGAACUUCCUUGGCAAAGCUGCGGAAACGCCUGGAACACUGAAAGAUGCUCCUCAAACUACAGUAUGUCCAACACAACCAAUUUCACCAACCCGAUCGUGGAGUUCUGGGAGAGGAACAUGCAUCAGUUAUCUGACGGAUUGGAUCAGCCGGGGCAAAUUCGAGCGCCGCUUGCAAUAACGCUAGCCAUCGCCUGGGUUCUUGUGUAUUUUUGCAUUUGGAAGGGUGUCAGUUGGACGGGAAAGGUGGUUUACUUUUCAGCCAUCUAUCCCUACAUCAUGCUCCUCACGUUGUUUUUCCGUGGAGUGACACUGCCAGGCGCCCGUGAAGGAAUCUUGUUCUACAUCACUCCAGAUUUCAGUCGCCUCACCGAUUCCGAGGUAUGGCUGGACGCCGCCACGCAGAUAUUCUUCUCCUACGGGUUGGGUCUUGGUUCGCUGGUGGCGCUGGGCAGCUACAACACAUUCCACAACAACAUAUACAGAGACUCGAUCAUUGUCUGCUGCAUAAAUUCCACCACCAGCAUGUUUGCGGGAUUUGUCAUUUUCUCCAUUGUCGGUUUCAUGGCACACGUGACCAACAGGCCUAUCGCCGAUGUGGCAGCUUCAGGUCCUGGUCUGGCAUUUUUGGCAUAUCCUGAAGCAGUGACACAGUUACCAAUAUCUCCGUUUUGGUCUAUUCUGUUCUUUUCCAUGUUACUUAUGCUGGGUAUUGACAGCCAGUUUUGCACCGUCGAAGGUUUCAUAACUGCGCUGGUGGAUGAGUUUCCCAAAUUGUUACGAGGAAGAAGAGAAAUCUUCAUUGCUGUGGUCUGCAUUAUUUCUUACUUGAUAGGUUUAUCGAACAUAACCCAGGGUGGUCUAUAUGUCUUUAAACUUUUUGACUACUACUCUGCUAGUGGAAUGUCUUUGCUCUUUCUAGUUUUCUUUGAGACCAUCUCAAUAUCGUGGUGCUAUGGUGUGAACAGAUUCUUUGGUAACAUCGAGGAGAUGGUUGGCCAUAAACCAUGCCUGUGGUGGAAACUUUGCUGGUCAUUCUUCACUCCAAUUAUCGUGGGGGGUGUGUUUCUCUUCAGCGCAAUUCAAAUGAAACCACUCACAAUGGGGAGUUAUAUCUUCCCAAAGUGGGGCCAAGGUGUGGGCUGGUUCAUGGCUCUAUCCUCCAUGAUGCUGAUUCCUGGCUACAUGGGUUACCUGUUCCUCACUUCGAAGGGCUCUUUAAAACAGCGCCUGCGGCUGAUGACUCAACCAACCGAGGACAUGAAAUGCCGGGAGAAUGGACCUGAACAACCCGAGCAUGGCAUUACUCCAAGUGACGAAGCAUAUAUGUAGAUUAUUUAUUAAGUGUAAGGUACUAACACUGCCCAGAGUAUAAAUUCUUACAAUGGUUGAUCGAGACCAAGGACUGUAGUUACAUUAUUGUGCACCUACCUCCUACCACAAAUAUGACCAAUAGUUUUUUAAAAAAAGGCUAUAAACCUUUGUUCUUGGACAUCAAGUAAAACUCUUAACUAAAAGAAAAUCAUUUCAGGUUUUGAUAACAAUGUAAUUUUGGCAAACGACCAACAACAGAGGCAGACUGUUAGCAUUUUUAAACCAUGGUUUUCUCUUUUGAAGAGUGAGCACAAGCACGAUGGGCCGAAUGGCUUCCUCCUGAGUUGUAUGGUCAAAGACUUUGUGAUCACAUGGACGUGAUUAUAAUCACCGUCUUAUUGUACGCACAUCAACGUUUCAGUCCGUCAAGUUUAUAGCACUAAGAGCAUUAAUCAAAAUUAUGGUUUUACGAUAAAUGUGUAGAAUUUCCUUUCCUACACUUUAAUUGUCCCAGCCAUACUUCCCAGGAGUCUACUUCUCUUUUCCUGCAUUCCAUAUGCUCCCAUAAUGAAAUUGCCUGUGCCACUGUUGUCCACUCUUUUGUCAGUGUGGAAACAUCAUGUUCCUGAUCCACCUAAGCACUGUUGUCAAAUGCCAAUGUGGGCAUUCACUAUUUUUUAUCCUGUUAGGGAAAGCAGAGUAUUGAUAUUAGAAGAAAGAAUAAAUGUAAAGACGUUCUUUAUAUAGUUCAUAGAAUUUUAUAAUUUCAAUUACAGUGUUUGAGAUAAUCACCUUUAAUACGGUUCCACUGCUGUCUAUUGUAACAAUGUGAAAAUGACUCAUUUAUCCACAAUAGGCAACAUAAGUCAUACAGACUGGAGUAAGGAGGGGGGAUAGAAAUUAGAAAUAGGGGGGAAGAUGUAUGGGAAAGGGUAUGUUCAUGAGUAGAUAUGGAUGAAUGUGAUAUAAUGCAUGGAGGAUCAGAGGGGAUUAGUGAACAUACGGAUUGGAAAUUGGAUCAAUCACCUCCCUUUUCCAGCUCUUGCUGCUCGAUUGCUGCAAAUGUUGAACUUUCUCCUCUGAGUAUUCUCAGAUAUCUCCAACUAUCUUAUCCGACUCCAACUCCGAAGUGAUUUCAUUAGCUACAAAGCACAGCUUCAACUAAAUAGAUCAUCGUAUACUCUUUCAAACCCUGAUGGCCAGAAGCCAAACUAUUACAUCUGGGUCAGUUCAGUAUUUGAAUAUAUCUACAUAUUUGUAUGAACAUUGUAUUCACUCCCAUAUAUUCCUUCCAUUUCAUGUAGAAUACAAAAAUAGUUGCAAAAAAUAUUUUGGAAUUGUCACGUGUAUCAAUUCAGAUCUAGGAAGUAACAGUGUACUUAAUAAUCCAAGGAGUGGUGAACGCUUAUUGAUCUCAGAGCAUCAGGUAGCAGCAGAUCAAGGUAAGACAUCAACAAUUUUCCACUUUGAGGCAGACAUCAGCUUGUGUCUAUGGCAGCUAAGCAAAUGUGACAGGGAAACAGAACCACGGAAGAAAUUUUAACUAUAUUGUAUAAUGUAUUCUGAGUAAAAAAACAUAGAAAGUACGCGUGCAUUGAUUAAAUAUUGGUUGUUUAAAAAAAUCUAUUACAACUAUAUCUGUCAAAAUGUUGUUGUAUAGCAAAUAUGUAAAAAAAAAAAAGUAUAAAUGUCGAUAUCUUAUUUAAUGUAGUUUUGUCCAAAAAUAACAAUUCUUCCAUCAUAGACCUUAACACUGCAAUAACUCUUAACACAAAAACAUAAUUAUGGUGUUACUCUUUGAGCAUCAGCUAUGUAUUUAAUUUGUAUAAAAUACAUUCAAUAUAUAAUGAGUCCAGUAAAGAGAGUAUUCUUUUGUAGAUUUAUAAAUGUUACAUUGAUCAAAUGUACAGUUUUCAACGUAUAUAUUACAUGGUGUAGUUAAGUUCUAAAUGGUGUUAUUGAUAAAAGGGCAUGAUUGUCAUAUAUAUGUUGUCAAAUUUUUGGAAAGCAAAUAAAAACUUUAUCUUACACCAUA